CCGAAACAUCAUACAUUCGCACAGCACACAACACCGCACACUCGAGAUUCCUGAUUCCUCGGCCGAAUUCCCUGCGAAUUUUUGGAGCAAUUCUGACUGUUUGACAAUCGCCGGUUACAAAGCCGACUUCUUCCAAGCUUGCUGAAGCAACUUAAUGUGCAGAAAUCGCCACGAUGAGCUUCUUGAACACACCAUUAGACGGUGACGUCCCCUUAGCAGAACUCCAUCCAUCAAUAGAGCCUGGAGCAGAAAUAAACGCGAGUGACUACCAAAUAGCGUCCUCUCAAGAAUCGGAAAAUGAGGUGGAGAAGGAGAGCCCCUCGGACGACGUGAAGCCGCCCCCCUUCAACCAGGCCACGGGGGAAAUGCCCAGCACUGAGGAGUUUUCCGGCCAGUAUGAGUUCAGUCUGUUGAUGGGCGUCGGGUCAGUCACCGACUCCAAGAAUGUCAAAAAGUCUUGGGAAUACUCCCUUAAGAUGAACAAACUAUAUGUGAAAGUUGGAAGCGCUGUGCCUGUGUCAUUUAAAAUUAACAACCAGCUAGACUGGAGUGAUCUCAAGGUGCGUGCACUGCUGGUCUAUGAUAACCCAGACGAUGCUCGCACGCCAGUCGAAAGGUGCUCCUCGCACAAAGACCCGACACACAAGAGCAAUAAAGAUUGCCCGAACGUGAACCACGUUCUGUGCUGCCAACACCGGAAUGCUUGUUACGAGCGGGACCAGUACAGCGGGCGGUACAGCGUUGUCGUAGCGUUGGGAGAGCCUCAGGCCGGGGCCACUUACGCCACAAUUCUCUACAUGCUCAACUGCAAGAGCAGCUGCGAGGGCGGAAUUUCCAGGCGUAACACCUCCAUCAUUUUCACCUUGGAAAAGAACAAUAAGGUGUGCGGACGUCACGUGGUGCACGUGCGAAUCUGCAGUUGUCCCAAGAGGGACAUGAACCAGGAGCAAGACUUCGUGAGCUGCUCUUCGUCCAGCAUUGUGAGCAGAAGCAAGAAACGCAAGCUGGACCACUACGGGCCGAUCAGGAUCAAGAGCGAGGGAUGUCCCUUGCCUCCCAUGCUCCCUCCUCUCCCGGUCGUCUCUCUCAACGGCGACCUCCCUCCGCAGCCAAGAUACGAACCUCUCAACUACAUGGAACACCGAGUGCACUUAUUUCAGGUCCGAAGUCCGGUUCACUACAAGAUUCUGCUGACCAAGGCCUACAAUCUCUUCAACUACAGGGUGUCUCAUCAGGCUGCCAUUUACGAGGGUCUGCUCAAGAACUUGGAACAGCAGCAGCAGUGAUUCUUCUCUUCUCCACUCAAGUACCUCCAUGAUCGUGCUCAACACCCUUCCAAGUAGGGGGACCAAGGUGCACUGCUUAAUUUAGUAUUUUUACUUUUUUACAACUUACAAAGUAAGAACGCCAUUCUUGAGGAAAGUAUUGUGGACUAUCAGGAAAAGAUUUUGAUUAGGUGGAAUACUUGGACGUUGAAACUGAUUAUUAUUAAUUUCAAUUUAGUAACUUCUCCUGGUGCCAUGAAUGUAAAUGAAAUGACAUAAAAAAAAUGACGGAACAGACGCGCUUUUGAUAAAUCCUAAAUUUGUACACUGCCAAUAUUUUGUUUAAAUGAUAAAAAUAAGAAUUAUUUGUAUGUAUGUACAGCUCGUUCCUCUCAGUAAGGCUAGUCUGUAAAACACCCAUGAUGAUGUAUACCAAUAAAGAAUCAGGAGAGAUAA